AAUAAUUACAAAAUAAACACGGAGUCGAGAGAGAUAGAGGGGCAAAAGAACUCUCAUUUCUCUAGUUCUUUGUUAUAUGAAUUAAUAAAUCAGUUUUAUAUACACUGAUCAUAAAAAUAAAAAUAAAAAAGAAAAAGUUGAAUAAGUAUAAAAAGAGAGAAAAUGGGGGGAAAGGUGGUAGUAUCAGUGAUAUCCAUUAUUUUGGUUGUAGGGGUUGUAAUAGGAGUUGUUGCAGCAGUUCACAAAGGAAAGAGUGAUAAUCACAACAAUGGAGGUAACAACGAUGAGAAUUUGUCGUCUUCAAUGAAAACGGUGAAUACAUUGUGCGGUCCUGCUACGUUCAAGGAUGCGUGCAUUAAGAGCCUAGGUAGUGUCGCACAAAACCAAAGUGCGACACCACAUGACUAUGUUAAAGCCGGGAUGAAGUUAGCUUUGGAUGAAAUUAUGAAGGCGACAAAUCUUACUGAUACCCUUGUUUCCAAAGCGAAUUCGACUAAGAAACCCGAACAAACUAACAUGGCUAUUGAUAGUUGCAAGAAUUUGUUUGAUCUUGCGACUGAUAGACUUGAUGGGGCUAUUAAGCAAGUACAAGAUCCUACAAUAUAUAAAGAUCAGGAUUUAGUAUGGAGUCUUCGUGUUUGGCUUAGCGAUGUUAUCACAUUUGCUAAUAGUUGUGCAGACGAAUUUGGUGAAGCCGAAGCUCUUGAUCUACAAAAAACGAUGCAAGAUGGCGUUUUGAAUGCUACCGAGCUUACAGUUAGUAUGUUAGAUAUUGUUACUUCAUUCAAUGAAGCACUUUCUGAAUUAGACCUUUCGGUAAAUGCCUCUAAACUGGUAGACAAACUAAAUGUUACUAGUAUUACUCCUAGUCGACGCCUUCUUGGCUUGGCUAAUGUCGAUAAUGAGGGUUUUCCGACAUGGUUAUCUGCCUCAGAUCGUAAGCUUUUAGGCGAGGGGAAGAAUGGUGUUAAGAAGAAUAAGAACAAAAAAAAGAAGGGUCAUAAGAAAGGUAAAGGAAAGGGUAUUACAGCUGGUGCUGUGUUUGGUGUUGUAGCAACCGGAGCUGUUGCAGCGCCUGCUGUCGUACCUGGAAUGAAGCCUAACGCGGUUGUCGCUUUGGAUAAUAGUGGACAAUUCAAAUCCAUUGCGGCCGCUGUUAACGCGCAUCCGGGUAAGGGACUAGUAGGUAGAUAUGUAAUCUAUGUUAAGGCGGGAAUCUAUAAAGAAGAAGUUAUAAUAGGCAAGCAACAUAACAACAUUUUCAUGUAUGGAGAUGGGCCUACGAAAACAAUUGUGACAGGCGAUAAAAGUUUCCUUAAGGGUGUACAAACAUCUAAAACUGCUCCGGUCCAAGUAGAAGGAUUCGGGUUUUUCUGUAAGGAUAUGGGUUUCCAAAACACAGCGGGUCCACAAGGACAUCAAGCAGUAGCUCUAAGAGUAAAUGGGUUACAAGCAGUGUUCCAAAACUGUUUCUUUGACGCUUACCAAGACACUUUAUAUGCACAAGGCGGAUCCCAAUUUUUCCGCGAUUGUCAGAUUUCAGGAACUGUUGAUUUCAUAUUCGGAAAUGGUGCAACAUUAAUCCAAAACAGUAAGAUUGUCGUAAGACAAGGUAGUCCCGGACAACAAAAUUUGGUAACAGCACAAGGAGGAUUAGCAGCAAAUGAAGCAACAGGGAUUGUUAUACAAGGAUGUGAGAUCCUACCAGGAAAAGAUCUUUUCCCAAACCGGCUAAAGACAAAAACUUAUUUAGGUCGUCCAUGGAAAGCUUUUGCAAAAACUGUAUUCAUGGAGACUCUAAUGGGCGAUCUUAUUCAACCAGACGGGUAUUUUCAAUGGCAAUCACCCGAAGGAAAGAACAACCACUUGAACGCUUUUUAUGGCGAGUAUCUUAACCGUGGUCCUGGUUCCAACUUCAAUCUUAGGGUUAAAUGGCCUCAUGUAAAACUUCUAAGUAAGCCUGAGGCACAAAAAUACUCAGGUGGUGUGUUUUUAAGAGGUGCUACAUGGGGUACUGGUGUGCCAAUCAAUCCUAAUGUUGCUUAA